CUUUAAGUAUAGUACACACUGGAUUUGAAGUCGACUUACCACUGACUCAUCUUCUCUCUUCACAUAUCUGAUCUCUCUCUCUCUCUGUGUUGAAAGUAGAAGACCAGCUUCAAUGGCGAAAAUUGCGUGGCCUAUUCUACUUUCUCUUCUCUUCCUCUCCGCUGCUGUUGCUUCUAACACCCAUGUGAAAGUUACUGAUAAUCCCGCGGAUCAGUUAGUUGCGGAGAUUGACGCAAAUAGAACUGCACACAAGUCGUCGUCCCUCUAUAGCAAUCAAGGUCUGGCCUGCAUAGCUCUCCAGUACAUAAAAGCCUACCAAGGUGAUUGUGGCGCGGUAGGAGGGUCAGACGCCAAGAAGCCUUCCGAUUCCUUAUUUGCUGAAACUUUCGCCCCCAAUUGUGGCGUUGAGGUCUCAACCCUCUCUCCGCUCACCGGCCGUUUGCUCGGCUGCCAGUCUCAUUAUGUCAGCCCUCAGAAAGCAUUUUCGGAAAUCCUGAUGAAAAAUGAGAAGAGCUUAGAGAUAGUCUAUAGCAAGAAUCAUACUGAAGUGGGAGCUGCUGUGAGUGGCUCUGAUGGAGGGGGCCCCUAUUUCUGGUGUGUCUUGUUUAGCGGUGGCAAAAAGAACAGCAGCUUUGUUCUAGCGGGAAGUGUGGCAAAAAUAACAAAGCCCGGAUGCUUCAGUGGCGCUAAUGAUGUGUGUAGCGCCGGCGAUUGGUCCAGAAGCAUUCACUUGUGGCAAUUUGUUGUUACGGCUUUGGCUGCAGUGGGAUACGCCUUCGCGUUAUGAUCAUGUCUUGUACGAAUCCGAAGUACUGUUAUUUCAAUUGAUUUGGAGGCCUCUUUUCUUUUUGUUUGUUGCAUUCAUAGGCUUGGCCUCAGUUGUAUGUUUGCUAUUUCUCAUUUUGAUUGGAUGUAGAGAGUGUAAGUGCGAGAUCCACGCCAUUCAUUUCUUCAGUUCUCUUCACGGUGUAAAAUUAUGUAUUGCAUGGAUUUUCUAAGGAUGAUAAACUCUUGUUUUUCGGCUCUGAAAAUCCAAGCAUCAGCGUUAACUAGCCAAAUUUGCUUUCCUCGCCACCUAUUUAGUACUGCUUUCA